UAAUAAACUUCAGAACAAAAGGAAUAUUUAAGAUAUUUAAUAUUAUUUCCUUAAGGUCGAUUUCAUCAUCUGUAAGACUCACACCUAAAAACCUAAUGGAACAGCAUUUUCCAUUAACAGGAAGCAAAUUAACUAGUGCAUCAUUCGUUGCAGCCCACAUUCUUUUCGUUCCAAUGAAAUAAAAACGUUGAAAAAAUAAUCAAUCCCAAUACGAAUCUUCAGGUACUUAUUUAAAUAAAUGAUCAGGACGAUCGGUCCUAUUCCAAUAGGAUAUCUGGAUACGUGGAUGGAUUAAAACAAUUUGCAUUUCAGCAGGGGAUGUUGUCCAAUGGCCCCCUGGUGAUAGGGUGUAGGAAGGAUUUGUAUAAAAUCAAGAACAUUGUCUGAUAUCCAGUCACAACUAUGAAUCGUUUUAUUUGGUUCAAUUGUAUUUUACUGCUGUUCAAUACUUUUGAUGGAAGUGCUGUGUCUCUGAACGAUUAUGAGUUGGUCGAAUUCCGUAAACCACAUCAUAAGAAGCAUUAUCCAGCAUUUUAUUCGUGGGAAGGGUCAACAAUGAAGGAAAAAAGAGAACCUAUAGACGAUGAAUAUCUUAAAUUCCCAGAUCUCGACAGAAAAUCAUUUUCAUCAUGGCUUCUAAGAAUGAAUGAUGCUGGCAGAAUAUUUCCCAGUAGAAUCAAUAGGGAAUCAAAUGAUAACGAACUAUCCUUCACAAAUGAACGAUGGCUGGAUAUCGAUUUGGCUUCAAGAUCUCCUCCUUUUGCACCAAGAUUGGGACGUAGAAACGUAUCUCCCUUCAUUCCACGUCUAGGAAGAGAUGAUAAACUCACGUUUAUCUAACAGACGUAUCCUCUUCCAAAUUGUGUAUUCUUCAUUCAAUAAAAUACAUUAUCACAGUGUUCAUUAAUUUCCUAAACUAACUGCUGAACUGCAUAUAUAGCUAAUUUGUUAC